GCGCGCGGGGCGCGGGCGCGCGGCCUGGCGUCGGCGGAGCUGGUGGAGCCCCCGGCCGCGGCGCAGGCGCAGAAAUACUUUGCCCACAGAGAUCGAGCAGCUGAUGAAAUGACCCCCCAAAAAAGCCUUCGUGUAAAAAGGGACCUCCGCGGGCAUUUGUAAUCUCUCCGCUCUCUUCCCGAUUCACAAACGAUUCGACUUGAAAAUGGAUGAUGAUGAAUUUGGUGGAUUUGAGGCCGCCGAGACGUUCGACGGUGGAACCGGUGAGACCCAAACCACAUCUCCUGCUAUUCCCUGGGCAGCGUUUCCCUCAGUACCAGCGCUGGGGAUCCAUGUUUCACCAAGCGCUUCUCCCGUCGUCCCUCAGGAACGGCGCUUGCCUUCCGCCAGCCUCCUCUCUUCGAACUCAUUUACUUCUUCCGGUGACGACUCGCCGUUAAGGCCCCAGCUGGCCGACCGUAUUGGGAAUCCAGCGGCUCUCAGAGACCAGGUUCAACUCUCGACAAAAACUCCUCGGGCCUUACCAGAGGAGCCGAGUUGCGAAACAGCCACCGUCGAAGACGAUGCUCCGGAGCUGGAGGCCGGGGGUUCAAAUCUGCAGUUACAACACAAAGUUACAGAUCUGGAGAUUCAGCUCAAGGCCUCUGAAGAAGAAAACCAGAGGAUUAAGAAGGAUUUGGAAAAGUUAAUGGAAAAGCACAGGUUCUCUGAAAGUGAUUUUCUGAAGGACAAAGAGAAUGAAGUGCUCACCCAUCAGAAUCGAUAUAAGGAACUACAGGAUAAACAUAAGCAUGAACUAGAAGAUAUGAGGAAAGCCGGCCAUGAAGCUCUGAGUAUUAUUGUGGAAGAAUAUAAGGCAUUACUGCAGUCAACAGUUAGCCAGCAAGAGGAGGCCAUUGAAAAACAGUAUAUAUCCGCAAUUGAGAAACAAGUACACAAGUGUGAAGACUUGCUUAAUACUCAGCAUCAGAGGCUUCUUGAAAUUUUGGAUUCUGAGAAGGAACUAUUAAAAGACAAAAUAAAAGAAGCUUUGGUUCAGCAAUCUCAAGAACAGAAGGAAAUAUUGGAAAAAUAUUUGGAAGAAGAAAGGGAAAGAAGUAAAGAGGCAAUAUCAACUGCUGUAAAGAUUGAGAAAGAAAUCAUGAAAAAUACCGUAUUACAAGCAGUGGAAGAGGAAAGAAGAAAUCUGGAAAAAGUUCAUGCGGAAGAAAGGGAGUUGUGGAAGAGUGAGCAUACCAGAGAUCAAGACGCGAUCUCUCGGGCAAUUCAGGAAGCCAUACAAGAACAAAGGAAACUAAGUCAGGAAACUGUUAAAGCGGCAAUAGCCGAAGAGAGAAGACGAAGCGAAAAGGCUGUGGAAGAGGCGGUGGAAAGAACAAGAGAGGAAUUGAUGGAGUAUGUGAAAGAACAGAAAAGGCUUGAUCAAGUCACUCGCCAGCGAAGCCUCUCGAGUUUGGAAUUAUUCCUUUCCUGUGCCCAGAAACAAUUGCAUUCUUUAAUAUCUGCAGAACAAGUUGGUCCAGCGCAAAAAGAGGAAGACCUACCUGACCCACAGUGACGGUGGUUGAAAUAUUCUACCCUUCAUCUAGAUGGCAUGAAUGACAAAGAUAUUUUUCAUUUAAUUUCAAAAUAGGGGGGACUGUAGAACUGAAAGAACUGACAACAAUGUUUGAAGAAAUCCCAGCAGACCUCAUUUGUGUUUUCUUUAAUAAUUUGCUCACCUUUAAAGCAUUAGACCUAAGAAAGUCAUUGAAAAAAAUCAUAUAAUCAAAACUCUGCUUAUGUUGUAACCUUUAUAAUCUCUGUGGCCUGUUAUCGGCUGUUUUGGCAACGGUGAUGGAUGUUAUUACUUAUUGCCUCACUGUAUCACUAUGAACGAUGCCAGCAUGUAGUCAAAUAAUUUAUUCCUUCUUUUGACGUACGAGGAGGCCAGGAUUGCAAUAUCCCCAUAGAGUUCGGAUAGAAAAUACAGAUAACAAUUCCGAGUUUCCUGGUUAUUGCUAAAUGCUUUUUGCAACGCUUUACUAAUGUUCCUCUCUUUGCUAGAGCGAGGCCGUUCUCUCGGAAAUGCUUUCAGGCAAGAGAUGGCCUCUGUGGUGAAGAGCCAUUCCAGGGCUAGAAAGUUCUUACCUCUUUCACUUCUUAAAAAUCGCUUCAGAGUGUGAAAUCGGUCUUUUCCAUGGAGCUCCUCUAUACUCGAACUUCAGGAAGAAGAUGAAUGUAAUUGCUUAAGAUUUCAUGUGUAAAACUAAAGAAGAAUACUGAAUGUAUUAAUAACUUCCUCCAUACUUCAGAUAGAACUCAGUAACUCAUGGAGAAUAGGCACGUGCCUUAGUGGGCUAGAUUGAACACUUCAUCAAUAUUUAUCAGUGACUGGUUUUGCCGUUGUGAUUUGUGUUGAUUUUUUUUUUCUUACUGGACAUCUUCAACUUUUCUAUAUACUGAGCUUUUGCAAAGCAAUAAAAAGAUCGGAAAAGAGUA